UUCUUUAAACCACAAAAUAAAGUUUAACUUGCUUCUCAGAUCACACAAGCACAUUUUCAAGAUAGCCUUCUGCUUUCUGCCUCUUCCAUUCUACAGAUUACUUAAGGAAACCAUACGACUCUGCAGUUGCACAGGAAGCCUGUGGUCAGCUAACAGAGCAGCAUCAGGGUGCAUAAAAUAGCAGAAAAAGAUGGCAUCAAAGGCACCCAUUACAGAGGAAGAAAUGGAGGAGCUCAGAGAGGAGUUUACUAAAAUUGAUAUUGAUGGCAAUGGUUAUAUAAGUCCUAAUGAAUUGAGUGAUAUGUUCAAAGCUGCUAACUUGCAACUUCCUGGAUACAAAGUGCGGGAAAUCAUUAAAAGCUUCAUGGAGACUGGAGACCAAAACAGGGAUGGAAAGAUUAGUUUUGAUGAAUUUAUUGCUGUUAUUCAUGAUCUUAAAAGCUCAGAUGUUGCUAAAACAUUUAGAAAAGCCAUAAACAAGAAAGAAGGGAUUUGCGCAAUUGGUGGCACAUCUGAACAGUCUAGUGUUGGUACCCAACAUUCAUAUUCAGAAGAGGAAAAGUAUGCCUUUGUAAACUGGAUCAACAAAGCUCUGGAGAAAGAUCCUGACUGCAAGCAUGUUAUACCCAUGAACCCAGAUACAGAUGACCUAUUCAAAGCAGUGGGGGAUGGAAUUGUACUUUGCAAAAUGAUUAACCUUUCUGUGGCAGACACCAUUGAUGAAAGAGCUAUCAACAAAAAGAAGCUCACACCUUUUACCAUCCAGGAAAAUCUGAACUUAGCUCUGAAUUCUGCUUCGGCUAUUGGCUGCCAUGUGGUAAACAUUGGUGCUGAAGACCUGAAGGAGGGAAAACCCUACUUAGUCUUGGGACUUUUGUGGCAAAUUAUCAAGAUUGGCCUGUUUGCAGACAUCGAGCUCAGCCGUAAUGAAGCUCUGAUUGCUCUUUUGCGAGAAGGAGAAAGCCUAGAGGAUCUGAUGAAGCUUUCACCAGAAGAACUGCUUCUGAGAUGGGCCAACUACCACCUGGAGAAUGCCGGUUGUAACAAAAUCAAUAACUUUAGCACAGACAUCAAGGACUGCAAGGCCUACUACUACUUACUUAAUCAAGUUGCUCCGAAAGGGGAAGAAGACGGUGUUCCUGCCAUUGACAUUGAUAUGACAGGUCUAAGGGAGAAAGAAGACCUAAAAAGAGCAGAGUGUAUGUUGGUUCAGGCAGACAGGCUGGGUUGUCGUCAGUUUGUUACUGCCACAGAUGUUGUCCGUGGAAAUCCAAAGCUUAAUUUGGCUUUUGUCGCAAAUCUUUUCAAUAAAUACCCAGCCCUACAGAAACCAGAAAACCAAGAUAUUGACUGGAGCUCUAUUGAAGGUGAAACAAGGGAGGAAAGGACAUUUAGAAACUGGAUGAACUCUCUGGGUGUGAAUCCUCGUGUAAAUCACUUGUACAGUGACCUGUCUGAUGCGCUUGUCAUAUUCCAGUUGUAUGAAAAGAUUAAGGUACCAGUAGAUUGGAGCAGAGUAAACAAACCACCAUAUCCUAAACUGGGAGAAAAUAUGAAAAAGCUUGAAAACUGCAACUAUGCUGUUGACCUGGGCAAAAACAAGGCCAAGUUUUCUUUGGUUGGAAUUGCAGGGCAGGAUCUGAAUGAAGGAAAUCGGACUCUGACAUUAGCUUUGCUGUGGCAGUUGAUGAGAAGGUACACAUUGAAUAUUCUGGAGGACAUUGGUGGAGGACAAAAGGUUAAUGAUGACACAAUUGUUACCUGGGUGAAUCAGACACUGAAUGAAGCUGGGAAAUCAUCGUCAAUAAGUGGAUUCAAGGAUGGCAAAAUUAGCACAAGUAUGCCAGUCUUAGAUUUGAUCGAUGCAAUCCAGCCCGGCUCAAUUCAUUAUGACCUUUUAAAAACAGAAGACCUAAAUGAUGAUGAGAAACUCAACAAUGCUAAAUAUGCAAUUUCAAUGGCAAGAAAAAUUGGGGCAAGAGUCUAUGCUUUGCCCGAGGAUCUGGUGGAAGUGAAACCAAAGAUGGUUAUGACAGUCUUUGCUUGUCUCAUGGGAAGAGGAUUAAAGGUUUAAAAUAACGUAAUGCUGGCAGCAAUUACAGUGUCCCUUUAAUUGCCUGUAUCACAAGGUUCAUCUGGCUAUUGUAAGACUUUCUGGAAAUAACUAAUAUAUCUUCGUUAUCAGUAUAAAAUAUCCCUGUCCCUAAAGGAAAGGCUCAUUUUCACACCCAAUACAGUGUACACAUAAGAAAAUAAAUACAACUUUAAAAAAUCAGCUUUAUUAGUAUGAUGUGUGAAGAGGGGAUUCUUCUAAGUACCAAACUGCUUUUUUUGUUGAUUACACAAGUAACAAAACCUUUUUAAGAUCUAUCAGUACAAUUAAAUGUGCCAUUUUGUGUUCUAUUGUCCAUACUACUUGUUUCAUUGCUAUUAAAGAAUAAUUUGAAUUGUA